GCAUGAAGCUCUGUACUUGGAACAAAGGCUGUGGGAUGUCUCAUUGCUGAGGGGCACGUCGACUUGGAUGCAGCUGACUCCAUCUUGGAUGAGGGGUUGUGCAUGUAGAUGAAUACAGCAGAUGGUCCAAGUUGCAUGGAAAUUCAUAACUAGGAAAAUAUCAUAUAGGAAUAAGAUUUACUUAUUUCUCUUAUAAUCUCUGUGUUUAUUUGUUUGACUAUCCUUUGCAUAGCGUCUCCCUAGUAUUGACACCAUCUCAACAUGGCUCCAUCUACCGUGCUCCCACCACGGCCCUCGCAACGACUUGACGGCAAAGUCGCCAUCGUCACCGGCGCAGGCAGUCUCGGCGACGGGCUCGGCAAUGGACGCGCAACAUCCAUCCUUCUCGCCGAAGCUGGCGCCACAGUUCUUUGCGCAGAUCUAGAUCUGGCCACGGCACAGCGCACGGUGGAAAUGAUUGUCCAAGAAGGGGGCAAAGCAGCCUCAACAGAUGCGGACGUGAGCUCGGAACAAGACUGCGAGGCACUAGUCGCGGCAGCAAAAGAUAUGUUUGGGCGAUUAGAUAUUCUAAUCAACAAUGUUGGGAUCAUGGGUGCAGAGGGGACGGCCGUGGAGGCGGAUGUUGACGAGUGGCAUCGGGGACUGAGCAUCAAUGUGACGAGCAUGGUGCUCAUGGCGAAAUACGCGAUUCCGCUGAUGUUGAAGAACGAGCCUGGCGAUGGAGGCAUCAGAGGGAGCAUUGUCAACAUGGCGUCGAUUGCGGGUUUGCAGGGGGGCACGCCGCAUUUGUUAUAUCCAACGAGCAAGGGGGCGGUUGUGAACAUGACGAGAGCGAUGGCGUAUAAUCACGGACAUGAAGGUAUACGGGUCAAUUGCGUGUGUCCAGGAUUCCUCUAUACGCCCAUGGUUGCGGGUGACGGCAUGUCAGACGAGAUACGCGACCAGCGUCGCAGGCAAGGCUUGUUGAAAACAGAGGGAAACGCCUGGGAUUGUGCCGCUGCGGUGAGGUUCCUGGCUAGCGAUGAGGCGAGAUGGAUUACGGGGACGGCGAUGACGGUUGAUGCCGGGGUGACUUGUUCGUACGCUAUGCCAUGACGGGAGAGUAUAAAAAAGAAAGAAAGAGAGCCGUUGAGAUACUAAUUGACUGGUUGUUACUGGCCAAUAUAGAGGAGAAUAGCAUGGUCAGAGUGGGUUGUUGCUUGGAGCUUCAGCAUCCAUCUACCCCAGGAGCAAUGCCUUCAUUAUACAUAUAAAAAAGGACGCAUAGAUAUAAACGCUGGCUAGGUAGCAUUAGACAUAUGACGAAAUAAAGUCUUUCAAAAAAAAAAAAAA